UCUACAAGAAGACAGUAAGAAAAGCGUUUCAGUGAAAUAAUACCUUCUGUUUUAAAAUGUUUGUUAAAAGAAAACGAGAGAGAGAGAUGCUUUGGCUUUGUUUUUCCUUUUCAGCUGCAGACCAUCGCAGUCAUUUGAUCAGAGCGGAGGGCAGCCAAAGGCCUCAGUAUCUUGAGGAUUACAACACAAAAAGGCACAGUGUGACUGUUCCCUAUGAGCCGCCCCAGCCGGGCUCAGAGAUCACCACAAUCCUGUUCAACUUCAUGUGCAACAGCUCCUGCAUGGGAGGCAUGAACCGCAGACCCAUCCUCACCAUCCUGACCCUUGAGACUUCAGACGGACAACUUUUGGGCCGAAGAUGCUUCGAGGUGCGUGUCUGCGCGUGUCCCGGCAGGGAUCGUAAAACAGAGGAGGCAAAUAGUGCCAAACUUCAGACAGGGGCCAAACAAGUGAAGAAAAGAAGUAUGUGUUUGUUUAUUAAUGCUGGGUUUGUCUUUGCACCUUGGCUGUCUUCUAUCUUACGGAUCACGUUUUGCUUUUCUAGAAAGUGCCUAGAAGUGUUCUAGGAAGUACUUA